AUUCCUAGCAAGACCUAUCUGUCACAUAAUUUUCAAAGAAAUUAAUUUUAUUAUUAGAAUUUUCUGAGAAUUAAAUGCAUGUUUUUUGGAAGGAAAGCAAAACUUGAAGUGAUUGCAUGCAUUUUUGUGAUGUAGAAGCUGGAGUAUGUACUUUUAUUAUUGAUUUAUCUUUCAGGUUUUUUGGUGUACAGAGGAAGUGCAUUGAAUGUGGACAAUAUCUACCAGAAAGGUAUGAGCCUCCUGCUGAUGAAGAUUGGACGACCGGGAUUCUUGGCUGCCUUGAAGAUACUGAUAGUUGUUUCACAGGAUUAUUUUGUCCAUGUGUGUUGUUUGGAAGGAAUGUUGAACUGAGAGAAGAUAUUCCUUGGCCCAGUGCAUGUGUUGGUCAUGCAGUGUGUGUAGAAGGUGGAAUUGCACUUGCAGCAGCCACUGCUUUCUGGAAUGGUAUUGAUCCUAACACUUCAGUUCUCAUUUGCGAAGGCCUCUUAUUUGCAUGGUGGGUUUGUGGCAUUUACACUGGCCUCUUUCGAGAAUCACUGCAGAAGAAAUAUCAUCUCAAGAAUUCUCCGUGUGAUCCAUGCAUGGUGCACUGCUGCCUGCAUUGGUGUGCCUUGUGUCAGGAGCACAGGGAGAUGAGGAACCAUCUGUCUGACCCUGCUGAUAUGCAGAUGACUGUUGUUAACCCUCCUCCCGUUCAGGAGAUGAAAUCUGGCGAGAGCCAGGAUUCUGCUUCAUCUGCACCUGAUGCUCCGUCUGUACAAUCUUCUGGAAAUGUUGAACAUACUGGUUUAGAGAUACAGCCUGUGUAGGAUUAUGGUACAUCAUACACGGAUUGGACGAAGAGCUGACUUCUUUUUAUAAUGUUCUCAUUACGUUAUCUUACAUUAAUCCUUUGUCGGGGUCUUCAAGUAGAGCAAUUCAAGCUGGAAAUAUGCAUGAUGGUGAUUGGACUUGGCCCUUACUCUAGCAGCAAAAUUUGCUAUGAAUGCCAAUGAUUGAACUACACUUCAUAGCUCAAGCCAUUUGGUUACUUAAUUUGCUAAUUUAAUCUGUGACUUCACUCAUAUGACGCUUUGUAAUAUGUAUGAUGAUUGAUCAGAAUUCUACAGUGAAUUUCGAUUGUAUUGUUGAGCUCU